ACACGUGCGAAUGUGCCGCAUUGGUGUCCCAGGCGCAAAUUCCAGACCAGGCUGGUGUAUUAAUGCAGUCGACGCCUGAGUUGGUCCGGAAAGAACAAGGAACAAGCUGUGUGGUCCUUACGGGUUAUCCAAAUGCAAGAAUAGGGUCCACACAACAGAUUUUCCUGGCAAUUAUUCUGGAUAUGAAGAUGCAUGGGAUAAAAAGAAGUUUGAAAAGAAUUUCCGAGUAGAUGUGAUCCACAUGGAUGAAAGCAUGCUGGAAUUUGACAUGGUGGGGAUCGAUGCAGCUAUUGCUAAUGCUUUCCGACGCAUCUUGCUUGCUGAAGUACCGACCAUGGCUGUUGAGAAGGUCUUUGUGUACAAUAACACCUCCAUUGUGCAGGAUGAAAUCUUGGCUCAUCGCUUGGGACUGAUUCCCAUCCGUGCAGAUCCUCGUCUUUUUGAAUACAAAAGUGAAGAAGAUGAAUGUGAUGAAAUUAACACACUGCAAUUCCAGUUGAAAAUAAAGUGUAGCAGGAACCCACAUGCUGCUAAGGAGUCAUCUGACCCUAAUGAACUCUAUAUCAACCAUAAAGUUUAUAGCAAGCACAUGGAAUGGGUGCCACUGGGGUCUCAGGCUGACAACAUGAGUGCUAGCUUCCGUCCUGUCCAUGAUGACAUCCUUAUUGCUCAGUUGCGACCAGGCCAAGAGAUUGAUGUACUUAUGCACUGUGUAAAGGGCAUAGGUAAAGAUCAUGCCAAGUUUUCUCCAGUAGCCACAGCCAGCUACCGACUAUUGCCAGAUAUUACUCUGUUGCAGCCAAUUGAAGGCGAAGCAGCUGAAAGGCUAAAAAAAUGCUUUUCUUCUGGAGUUAUUGAAGUCCAGGAAGUCAAAGGUAAAAAAGUGGCAAGAGUGGCUAAUGCUCGAUUGGACACAUUCAGUAGAGAAAUUUUUCGUCAUGAUGACUUGAAAAGCCUUGUCCGCUUAGCCCGAGUCCGCGAUCAUUACAUCUUUUCUGUGGAGUCAACAGGUGUCUUGCCUCCAGAUGUGUUGGUGAGUGAAGCAAUCAAGGUACUGAUGGGAAAAUGUCAGCGCUUCUUAGACGAACUGAAAUCCAUCCAGAAAAAAUAAAGCUAAGAGCACAAGGAUCUAUUUUGCUGAAAUGUCUGCAAGCUCUGUACUGAGCAGGAAGCCUCUAAUGAGAUGCCUGUCAGUUGGCAGUGAGUAAACUAGCUCUCCAACAGAUGUGGGAGAAUGGAACGGAUUCUUGUGUACUUGCCACUUUUUUACUUCUAAGAUAAUGACUGAAAGGCAGAGAUACGAUACAGUGCCAAUGCACUGCAUUUUGCAAAGACCAAAACGUACAAGUGGGCGAGUCAACAUCAUCCCUGGACAAAUGCUCCAGAAAAGGUUUAAGAUGUUUGUAUAUGAGAGUGUAGACUGGCAAGACCUUUCAGAACCUUUUAUGUUACCUUCCUAAUUUUGUCUUGAGGACUAUAUCAAAAAGCUAUACUAAAAACCAAGCUCUUUAAUGAUCUGUCAUGUAAUAACUCAAAAUUAAGAUAACUGACACUAUCUACUGCCUGGAUAAUCUCAAGGUGCCACACAAUAAUAUCUAAUGCUAAUAAAUAUGAUCUUCCAUCCA